GCAGAAAGGCCAUGCUUCCAUUCACAGAAACAUUGGUAUGCCAGCCUGCUAUUUCAUUCACAUAAAAGACUAAAUAUUGCAUGCGUUUUGUCCUCUGUUCUUCACCUCCUUCGUCUUUUAACGUCCUAUUUUGAUUUGCAAGGACUCUGCAAGGAGUGUUUUUUUCUGAGGGAAGGCAGACGUGCUCUCUUUUUUUCUGCUUCUUUUUUUUUCUAUAUUUGCCAGGCAGGAGAAAAGAGAUGUUGGGAGGGACUGCAGUGCGAAAUCUGCAGCAGAGUGAGAGCGGAAGCUGCUUAUGAAUGAGUGGCAGUCUUUCGGCUUUGCUAGAUGCUCCUGAGGACAUUUUACAUGAAUGGUGUCUGGCUGUGUGCUUUCCGUUACCGGGCGAGACAAAGAUGCUUCUUUGCUGCUGUUCUGAGGAGACUCGUGGGCCUUUUUUUCUAUCCUUUCGGUUGUUUCAUUGAGUCCUCUGCCUGAGAAACAUGUUGUUCGCACUGUUUUUUUCUCCAGUCGUGUCAUUUAUGUAUUUCAAGCUGAACCAAUUGCUGGGUGUAUUAGACAAGCUGUGAGGUUGAAUCUGCAUCCUUUUCGUAAAAACGUUUUUGUUCCUUUGUCCCAGAAUACUGAAUUGGAGCCUCUCAUUAUAGACGAGUGGUGGUGUAAACUAUUUUAUUGGAAAAAGGCUUUUCAUUUUUGUAUCAAUUCCUGGUAUAUAACUAAGGGUUGAUAUUCUGCAGCCAUUAUGAAUGAACAUGGACAAUAUAUUUUCCAAUAAUUCCGGUCACACUAUCAUUUUACUGUAUUGUUGCGUUCAAUGACUGAUUAAUGGUCAUUUUUGUUGCAUUGAUUUAGCAAAACUUAAAUCUUAAUGAUUGAUCAAUUAAAUGGAGAUUUUAUUCUUUAUUCUUCCUUAUUUACACAGGGUUGUGCCUAUGAAUUAAAUAGAAACUAGUUUUCAUUAUUAAUGUAAAUCUGACACUUUUUUUGUUUCCUUUUUCAAAAAAAGAAAUCCAAACAGAUUAUUCUGGAUUAAGUUACUAAAUGAAUAAAUCAAGCUUCCUCUCAAUCUUUUCCUUUUCUCAGAAGCAAGGAAUUAAAGCGAAUAAAUAUGAGACUGGGGAAUUUAGAAAUUGAUUGGUUCUAGUGUGCUGUAAGUGGGAGGGUUUAGGUUGCUACCCCCCCCCCCCCCCCCCUCCCUCCGACAGGAAGUGAUUUGCAGUGUUCAGCAAGCCUUUUGUUGAGAAGGUUUUCUCAGAUCAGUGAGUCAUGCUUUAGCUCCGAGCCGGCAGGCAGCGGAGAGUAUUCGCCUUUUCCUUUUGCAGUAGCUGCGUUCGUCGACACCGUAGAACAUUCUCCCCUCUUACUGUUCGGAUUUUCACGGCUAGAAAUCGUCCUCCAUCAUCAUCAGCAUCAGCAUCAACAGCAGCAGCACCGCUGGAAUCUAAACCAGCUGCACCACAACACUGGGAGCCUUUCCCCCCCCCCACUCCAUCCUCUUCUCGGCGGCGUUUUGUGUCCGUUUUUUUUACCACGUGACGGACUGGACCUGCGGCUCUGCAUUUGGGAGUAGAUUGGACGUUUGGCAUCGGCAGCAGCAGCAGCUCAACACGACCGCCGCUGUAAACCUCCAUAGAGGGAAAUUCAGGCGCUCGCCGCCUGCGCCUCCGCUGCCAUGUUCCAGGAGAGCGCACGCGGCGCAGCGCAGCCGCGUCUGCCGGCGCACCUGUGAACGCGGCGGGCUGCGCGUGUCGGUUGGUGGGGAGAGCGAGAGAGAGAGAGAGAGAGAGAGAAGGGUAUGCUUCACCGUACCAAAUACAACCGCUUCAGGAACGAGUCGGUAACCUCCGUCGAUGAGCUUCUGCACGGCCUGUCCAUGAACCCCAAGGUCUCGGCCACCCCGCAGUCAGCAGCCGAGACAUCUUACACGCCCCCGACUGAGGUCCAGCCCUCCGCCGCCGCCGCCUGCAGCAUCUCCACCGGCCACGGCUCCGACCACCUGGAAGAUGGAGGCACCACCCUGUGCACGCUCAUCAACAAGGUGUCAGGCCUGAAGUUCAGCAACUCGGGCAGCCUGCUGGGCAUCAAGGGUCUGCCCUCGGCUGUCAAGGACCUGGCCGCGUCUAAACUGCAGGGGGGUGGAGGAUUGGGCUCAGGCGGUGGCGGUGGUGGUGGUGGUGGCGUGCCGGCGGCGGCCACCUCCGGUGUGGGCGGCUCUCUGUGCAGCUCGGCCUCCCAUUCGACCCCCUGCUCGCAGCUGGAGCCCGCCGUCAGCAUGAGCAAGAAGAGCCGGCUGGACGAGCUCCCGCCCGGCGGGGAGGACUGGAACCCGGGCGGCGGAGGUGGAGGACUGGUGAUCAAACCCUCCAGAGGAUGGCUACACUCCAGCGAGAAGAUCUCUGGGCCAGGAGUGACAUACGUCGUGAAGUAUCUGGGCUGUAUAGAAGUCCUUUGCUCGAUGAGAUCUCUGGAUUUCACCACAAGAUCACAAAUUACUAGGGAAGCCAUCAGCCUGGUGUGUGAGGCUGUUCCAGGGACCAAAGGAGCUCUGCGGAAGAGAAAGCCGCCGUCAAAAGCCCUGUCCAGCAUCCUGGGGAAGAGCAACCUGCAGUUUGCUGGCAUGUCAAUCAACCUAAAUAUCUCCACCAGUAGCCUGAACCUGAUGACCCCCGACUGCAAACAGAUCAUAGCCAACCAUCACAUGCAGUCCAUCUCCUUUGCAUCAGGUGGAGACCCUGACACAACAGAUUUUGUUGCCUAUGUAGCAAAGGACCCCGUUAAUAGAAGAGCGUGUCACAUCCUGGAGUGCUCUGACGGACUGGCCCAGGACGUCAUCAGAACCAUCGGCCAGGCCUUUGACCUUCGCUUCCAGCAGUACCUGCAGUGUCCGUCAGGCAAACUCUCCUCCACACACGACAGGGUGUUGAACAUGGAGGAGUUGCCAUGGACCGAGGAAGAGGAGGAGUCGGCAGAACAUCCUUACUACAACAACAUCCCUGGCAAGAUGCCCCCCCCCGGAGGCUUCAUAGACACCCGGCUGACCACUCAGAAUGCGGCGGCGGAUGGAUGCGGGAUGGGCCCGUGCUCAGUAGAUCAGACGUAUUACCAAGGCCGGCACUGUGGAGAGAACUGGGGAGACGAAAGAAAGGUCAUAUUCAUACAGCAGGGAUCAUUUGACAUUAGCGGUCUGCCUGAGAGUAAAGGUCAGGCCCCGAAGACGGGCGAGAUGCCGGCGUACGUGAACACUCAGCAGAUCGACGCCCAGGUGCUCGCGGCGCUCCAGGCCGAGGCGGAACACGUGACUAAGGGAAUGGCAGCUGCCGCCAAAGAGUGCCCGCAGAAGGACCUGUUUGACAUGAAGCCCUUCGAGGAUGCCAUCCAGUCCCAGUCCCAUCCGCCGUCCCAGCCGCAGGUCGCCGCCAUCCACAAGACGGCGUCCGUGGACAACUGCAGCCCGCUCCUCGCGCGCUCGGUGGCCUUCCGGGCUCAGGAGGAGCUGCAGGGCCAGAUGUGGUACCACGGCCAGAUGAGCCGCCGCGACGCCGAAAAACUGCUGAAAGAAGACGGCGACUUCCUGGUUCGCACGAGCACGACCAACCCGGGGUCCGACGUGCUGACGGGCAUGCACAACGGACUGGCCAAGCACCUGCUGCUGGUGGACCCCGAGGGCACGGUACGGACAAAAGACCAUAUAUUUGACAGCAUUAGCCAUCUUAUUGGCCAUCACCGUGACAACAAUCUGCCAAUCGUGUCAGCCGGGAGUGAACUGUGUCUCCUGCAGCCUGUUGGAAGGAAACAAUGAUGACUGCUGGGAAACGGGAAGCUGUGAACAGUCUCUGCGGCCGUCCUGAAACACAGACGGGAGAUGCUGGAAGGCUCGAUGCGCUGACAGUGUUGUUGGGAAAUUGGCCCGUGGUGAUUUACUGGAAGACGCAUUUGUUAAAGAUGAAAAAAACAAAACAAAUAUUUAUAGAACUGUUAUUAUUUUGUCGUGAUGAAUGAAAUGCUAUAUUUUUGAGAAGACAUACGUGCGUUGGGACACAAUAGCUUGAUUUGGUGUUUUAAAAGAUGAAAAAAAGGUCAUUGUUCUUGUAGUUUAGAUGAAGUGCAAAUCGAACCUGCAAGCGGCGUCAAGAAGGGUAUUUUAGAAUAAAAAUCGGAAACUUUACUUUUGUCUGUCAAGCACAACCACAUUUCUACAGGCAAUGAAGAAGUUGAGAGAAAAGAAAAACAAAUGGUGUUUAUAAUAAAUCAAUGCAUUUGACGGCUCACUCAAAUGUCACUAUAUGAAAUCUGCUUUUACUUGGGAAACUGAAUGUGUUUUGCGUUGCAGUAGUCAGUGUGUUGGGGUGCAAACGGACAUCCUUCAUAGUGCUGUCAAUGGCUUUAAGAAACUUUUUUUAAUGAAGUAUUUUCUCGUGUCACUGCGGUCGCAUGACUUAAAAUCAACUGUUCUCGUGGACGUUGUUCGUAGACCUGGAUACCUCUUUAUUUGGAAGAGGUGCUUGUUUAUGCUGACACUGUAAAAAAAAAAUAUUUAUGCUUUUAAACCAGUGAUUAUUUCUGAAUUGGUUUUCUCUGGAUUCUUCUUUAAGGUGUGUAGUAAAAUGAUUAGUUUCUGGCGGGUUUGUGUCAUGCAAAUGGUUCCUCUCACAUUCUUAAUUAGCUUUUUAAAAGUCAUUCCAAUGACCACAAACGAAUAGCACAAUCAGAAAGUCCGAUCACCCGUGUCCGUUGUAUCAAGAUGAAUUAUCAAUGUGGUGAGAUGUAAUUAACACUUUUACUUAAGAGGUUGAACUAGACAAACACACAGUGUGCACUUGCUAUACGAAUGUUUAAUAUUGAAUCACCUUCACUUUUAUGUUUUCUUGGUGUGCUGAGACUACUUCUGCGCCACUCCAUGUCCUCACAGAAAUACUUGUUCACGCCUGACCGUCCCACUCACUGGAUUAUCUCGUGUCUUCACUUAUCAGUAGCAAACGAUGCCGGCUUUGUAUUCCUUUAAGUACAGCACAUAGGGAAUACAUUAUUGCCCGAGAGGUCAGAGAUCAUUUGCAGUUCACUGUACACAAUCCAUUCCUCGCAAACAGUAUACUGCAAUUAGUGCUCUACCUUUUCUGUAGAGCGCGAGUGAAACAUUUGAAACGGCGACUUUUAAAAUGCUCUCAUCCUCACUGUUGUCAGUACUUUGAUGGAUACCAAAUGAAUGGGGCAUUGUGUUUGAUAUGCACUGGACCACUUCAAUUGAACCAAAAUCAGCAUGUGUUCGAUGAGUUUGACAAGACAGAUGCAAUGUAAUAUAAGGUGCCUGUAUUUUGCUGCAAGAGGGAGUGUACAGUACAUGCAUCUCACAGGUUUUAGCACAGCGCAGUAAUCUGGAUGGUUGUGAAAUCAUCCACCGCCAGUUUAGUUUUGAUUUAAGCCAAUAACGCUAUCCUUGAUUCCUUGUCCCUUUUGAGCGAACGAACAAGAAGAAAAGGGCACAAAUAAUCAUUGAUUUCAUUUUCCCUUUUUUUCCUUUUUUCUACCGUAAUCCAAUCAGAAUUUAUAGUCUAAUUCCAUGUGACAUAAUUUCAUCAAAUCUAAUAUCUUGGGAGAAUAAAUUAUUUCCUAAUUGCUAAUAUUAACAAUUAUUCUGAGACCAAUUUUUAGAAUUACCUUGGUAAAAUGUGAAAGGUCUUGAACAUAGGAUAUAUAUAUACAUAUAUAUAUAUAUAUAUACAUAUAUAUAUAUAUGGAACAAGUACAUCCUUGAAUCUCUCUGAUAAAGUGAUAAUUAACUGUGUGUCGAAGAGAAAUUACACAACCAAACACGAUGGGACACGAAAAAGAACAUGGCUUCUUUACAGAUUUCUUUUGAUGAAAAUGUGCCUUUUAUUUGUACAAAUGGUAUUUUUAUUUCUCUUUAAAGUGCAAUAGCUGAUCUUCGAUGGGGCAUGCCUGUUCACUAGAGGUUGUGUUUUGCCCUGCUGCGUGUUGCCUGCUUGAGACUACCGUUUUCUCUCUCUGUCUCCCUGACUCUCUCCCUCCCCCUCCCUCCCUCCCUCCCUCUCUAUUAUAUAUUAAUAAAUGUAUCAUUUCCAGAUUCUAAAUAUAAAUCUUUGUCGGAGGGGAGUCACAAAGAAACUCACUAUUUUGGAACAGGUAUCGUUAAAAAAGGAAAUAAAAACGAAAAAUGUCCAAAUGAUGUUUACAGAUUUAAUCUUUUGGUUGUAUGGUUUUAUCAUUAUUCUGUAUGACCGUUUGCAAUAAAACCGUGAAUGUGUAGAA